AUGUUUGGCGCGUUCAGGCCAUCGCAAACAGCCCUAGGAGGCUUGCUCUGGAAGAUCCCCUACCGCCUGUCCCCGACUCGCAAGACACGCCAGCGGUUGCGGCUGAAGGCGGUGGACGAUGUCAUUGCGAAAGUGCAAGCGUCGGGCGUGCAGACGCUCUCCCUGACGAGGUGCCUCGAGCUUCCGACUGAGCAGGAGAUGCCGGCGCGGGACAAGUACACUGUCUUCUCGCGGUAUGGCAGGAACUACCGGAAGGGUAUCCACAAGGUCCCGCACUGGACGAAGGUCACCUCGCGCGUCAACCCCAAGGGAUUCUAG